CAGGCUCCACCAAGGGACAUCCUGUGGAUCUUAGGAAGUCCUUGGGUGCUUAGAAGCUCCCAAGGAAGUCAUAAAGCAUGAUAGCACACUCUCAGAAGCCCCACCUUCCAGGCUCAGGCCUCUAAUGUAGCAGUCUCCCUGUACCCUGACUGUUGAGCCUAGGGACACGGCUCUCAUGGGCUCCCUACAGCAUUGCUGCUGCCAGCUGCCAAAGAUGGGUGACACCUGGGCCCAGCUUCCUUGGCCCGGGCCUCCCCACCCAGCCUUGCUGCUGGUCUUACUCCUCUUGGCAACUGGGGUGAUGCACUCUGAUGCCGGUACCAGUUGCCCAGUCCUUUGUACAUGCCGUAACCAAGUUGUGGACUGCAGCAGCCAGCGGCUGUUCUCUGUACCCCCAGACCUGCCAAUGGACACCCGCAACCUCAGCCUGGCCCACAAUCGCAUUGCAGCCGUGCCGCCGGGCUAUCUCACAUGCUACAUGGAACUCCGGGUGCUGGAUUUGCGCAACAACUCCUUGUUGGAGCUGCCCCAGGGCCUCUUUCUCCAUGCCAAGCGCUUAGCACACCUGGAUCUGAGCUACAACAACCUCAGCCAUGUGCCAGCUGACAUGUUCCGGGAUGCUCAUGGACUGGUGCAUAUAGACCUGAGCCACAACCCCUGGCUGCGGAGGGUGCACCCCCAAGCCUUCCAGGGCCUUGUACAUCUCAGAGACCUGGACCUCAGCUAUGGUGGCCUGGCUUUCCUGAGUCUUGAAGCCCUUGAAGGCCUCCCGGGGCUGGUGACCCUGCAGAUCGGGGGUAACCCAUGGGUGUGUGGCUGCACCAUGGAGCCCUUGCUGAAGUGGCUGCGGAAUCGGAUACAGCGCUGUACGGCCGAUUCUCAGCUGGCUGAGUGUCGGGGUCCCCCUGAAGUUGAGGGUGCCCCCCUCUUCUCACUCACUGAAGAGAGCUUCAAGGCCUGUCACCUGACUCUGACCCUGGAUGAUUACCUCUUCAUCGCAUUUGUGGGCUUUGUGGUCUCCAUCGCUUCUGUGGCCACCAACUUCCUCCUGGGCAUCACAGCCAACUGCUGUCACCGCUGGAGCAAGGCCAGUGAAGAAGAAGAGAUUUGACACAGGUGCCUCUCAUCCCCCCAUGCUGCUGUCACUGUUGCUC